CCCUUUCAACCUUGCAGUUAUGUGUGCAACACCGGGCGAGUGUGGAGUCUGCGGUCACCGUGCAUCUCCAGAAGAGCUGAGUUAGGAUGCUGCGGCAUGCGGAUAGAUCGCUGUAGCUAUAGCACAUCACAGCUUUAGAGGGAUAUUGUUCCACCCUGUUUCCUCCUCUCAUCCUCUGAAUAUGUUGAAGGCCCUGGCUGGAAUCUGUUUGCUUCAUCUGACUACAAUAUUCUUCCUCUUUUGGGCAACUAUAGAUGAUGCAUGGUGGUUCACAAGGACCCUUUACACAGACCUGUGGGGCAGAUGGGUGAUGGAGAACAAUGAUGAUGUCUGGGUGUACAUGGAUAUACCGACCUCAUACAGGAAAGACUAUCUGCAGGCGGUUCAGGCGUUUGCAGUGCUGUCCUGCCUGUUUGCUGUGUUCUCUCUGUGCGUAUUCAUAUUCCAACUCUUUACUCUGGGUAAAGGAAAGCGGUUCACCAUCUCCGGAGUUGUACAGCUCAUCUCAUGUUUCUGCAUAAUGGUGGCUCUGUCAGUCUACACCGAUCACUUCCACAGAGGUGAGAAGGACGGCUGGUAUGGCUGGUCCUACAUCAUGGCCUGGUUUGGAUGGCUGCUGACCCUCUUCACGGGAAUUAUGUACAUCGUCCUGCGCAAGAGAGUGGAUUAAACUUUAGCCCUCGCUCUCAGUGCUAAUGUACA